AUGUUCAAUAUUGAAGUUUAUAGAAUCUCUAUGACCGGAUACUCAACCCACUACACCGCCGCAAUGUGUUUGUCAUCAGAACUUGUUCUUGAAAAGAUACCUCAGUCUCCCACGAGUGAUUGGUUAUUUGAUAUUCCUCCGGAAUCCAAUUCACCAAACGAACUUGGAGUGCCUCUUCCGCCUACAGCUGUCUUUUCGAGAGAUACAAUUGAUUGGAAAGCUGUAGAAAAAAUCUUCAUCAAACGCCCGAAAUUAGCCAAAAGUGUUAUUGGGCAUGGUGAUUCUGGAUUCGGCAAGGUAGCUUUCCUUGCUUCUCUGAACGAGACCAUAUUGAGUAAAGCGCACUGUACUUUUCAAUAUGAAAGCCAGAGUUAUUUUGCAACAGAUUGUCAGAGAGUUCUCACUAAAUGCAGCCUGACUUUCAACUUUCCUGAUGGAGCUUCUUUAAAUAUCGUUGGGUUAUCUACCAAAAAAUGGUUAGCCAGAGGAGUUGCACUUUUGCAACUUUUCCCCAUUCUCGAAGAAAAAGAACUAUUAGAUGACUUGUUACCCCUAAUCUCACCAAAAUGGGUCGCCAAAACAGAAGAGAAACUCAGUCAUAAUGUUCAAACCACAGAGAUUCAAUCAGUAAUUCCAAUCGUACCAGCGGAGACAAAAUCAAUUCCGGAUGCUCCGUUAACGCCUAAAGAAGAACAACCAGUAGAACUGAAAUCAAAGUCGGCAAAAAACCCGAAGGAGCUCACACCGAAUCAUCUUGUCACGCGUGAGGUGUUUAAUUAUGCAGCAAAAUAUCUAUAUAUCCCGGAAUACACUGUCACUUCCCAGACAGUUUCUAAAAAAGAACACUCAGACAAUCCCGUUACAUCAAAAAAGCUUACAACUCCAAAGACAAGUUUUACUGUCACUAUAUCUUUGCCUGAACAUAGUAUUCAUGCAACCGCAACCAGUUUCGAUCUCCCGCUCACAGAGGCCAUGGCUUGCACAGAGUUCAAAGUGCAAGCUGAGAAGCACCAUACUGCAAAUAGCAUACCUUCCCAUUCAUCAGAAGGACCAAUCAUUUUAACCACUGCAAACGUGAGAAAUUUUAUGGAUUUUUAUAAUGACUACAACGAUAAAUUAGUAAUUCGGAUAAAACGCAAGGGCGAAAUUUUCAAAAGUCAAGCCUUUACCAGGGAUUCUAAUACUGCUGCUCUUGAAACACUUGGUCCGGCUAUUGAGAGAAGCAGUUCUCGUGACCUUGAAACGUUGACUCUCCUAGUUGCUGCAGUCACACUAGCCAAGCAAAGGCCUCAACUACUCUUGAAUUAUUUAGAAAAGAUGAAUGCAAGAAGUGGAAGAUACGUGGGCAAAGCUCUUCCUAUGGAGCUUGAACUACACCAGAGUAGUCUGGAGUUGAUGCAACGCACGGUAGAAACCACCACAAAGCUAAACUUAUCAACACUACCUACUGGUGAAUGCAAGGACCAUGAUGUCUCUCCUUUAGUGGAUUAUCAUAAACCUCGCUUGGAGUAUUCUUAUGACCGGGAAGUUGAACAACGUUCCCGCGGUUUAUCGAAGUGGUCUUCUCAGCGUUCGCACAAACCGAAAUACUCGAAGUUACUCCCUUUAAACCAGAACCCGUCUGAAGUCUUUAAUCACAUUGAAAAUAAUCAAUUCUGUAUUUUAAUCGGGAAAACUGGAAGUGGAAAGACAACUCAACUGUCUCAAAUCAUUCUGGAUGACUAUAUUCGUACAAAACGUGGUGGAGAGUGUAGGGUCAUCUGUACGCAACCACGAAGGAUAGCUGCGAAGUCAGUGGCAGAACGUGUUGCUGAGGAACGUGGUCAAGAGCUGGGUGAUCAAGUUGGUUACAAGAUAGGGUUUGAUGCUAAACUCCCAAAUUCUUGCGGAAGCAUCACGUAUUGUACUACAGGAAUCAUCUUACAACAACUAACACACCACCCUGAUGCUAUACUUGACAACACAUCACAUCUUAUUAUUGAUGAAGUCCAUGAGAGAGAUCUGGAUAUCGACUUUCUUUUAACAAUGGUUAGGAAGCUUGUGAAAGAGAGAAUUGAAGCUGGAAAACCUACACCAAAAGUGUGCUUGAUGAGUGCCACCGCCGAUGCCGAGAUGCUUCAAGGAUAUUUCGCUUUCAAAGAUGGAACCCGAGAAAUUACCUGCCCAGUUAUGCAUGUGGAAGGCCGAGCUUUCCCUGUCGAAAAAUACUAUCUCGAAAAUAUAAUGGAUACUUUCAGAGAAACGUAUCCAACAGGCCAUACUAUAUGGGACCUUCUCGACUCAAACAAGAAUAAGACUUAUUUAAAGAGUGAAGAGAGGAUUAAGAAGACUAAUUUAGUUGUGGACGUUGAGAAUGAGCAGUCUGCAUCAGCGAUCAAAUGGGACAGCCAUGACGACGAUCCCGAUAGUCUACAGAAGCAGAUGGCAAUGGACACUUUGGAGGGGCAAGUACCCACUGAUCUGGCCGCUAUUGUGAUUGCGCACAUAGCGAGUACUACAGACGAUGGCGCAAUACUAGUUUUCCUGCCAGGCAUACGGGGUAUUAAUAUUAUUGAAAAAAUUCUUAAGGCACAAGAUAUCUUCAAUUUAAACUUCAAUGAUGAGAAUAAGUUCAAGAUUCUGAAAUUACACUCCUCUACUGCAGAUCAACAUCAGGAAGUCUUCGAGCCAGUUUCACCAGGUUGUCGAAAGAUCAUUUUAGCCACUAAUGUUGCUGAGACUUCGAUCACUAUCGACGAUAUUCGAUAUGUUGUGGAUACUGGAAAACACAAGGAAAACAAUUUUCAUCAAUUGUUACGAAUUUGGUCACUGCCUUGUAAAUGGAUUAGCAAGUCAAGUGUGAAACAGAGAUCAGGUCGAGCAGGCCGUGUUCAAAGCGGCAGUUAUUAUGGUCUCUUUUCAAAACGUCGCUAUGAUUCCCUGAGAGCAACUCCUCGCCCAGGGAUGAGUCGCGUCGAUUUGCAGAGCACCUGUCUCGCAGUGAACAUUCUCGGUUACAAUGAAUCUAUUCAGGAUUUCUUAGCGAGCGCUCCAGAGCCUCCAUCACCAAAAGCAAUACAGUCAAGCAUUGAGGGUCUUCAAACACUUGGAGCACUCACUUCCACAGAGAAAAUUACUCCUUUGGGCCGAAUAAUGGGGACGCUUCCGCUGAGGCCCACACUGGGCAAAAUGGUGAUUCUCGGAAUCAUUUUUCGUUGUCUAGAUUCUAUGAUAAUUUUAGCAGCCUUCGACAACAUAACAUUUCAUGUGCGUCCACUAGAUAUGGAAGAAGAAUCUGAUGCAGCAAUGAGAGGAUUUGCAAGAACAUCCAAAAGCGACCAUGUCGCCAUGCUCAAUGCUUUCCGUGCGCUUCGACAUUUGGAAGAAGUUGAUGGUCGCGAAGUCAUGACCUCAUUUGCACACCAGAAAUUCCUCAGUGUGGCAAAUUAUGACACAGUGAAGCGAAACAUAAGCUUAAUCCAACAAGCGCUUCGAAGAAAUGGCUUGGUGGUAAACCGAAAGACUCAAGGCGUGGCCGAGCUUGGUACAAAGUAUGGCGGAGAGAUACUGAAUGAGAACUCAGAUCAGGAUGAGUUGAUCAGAGCACUUCUUGUACAGGGCUUGUAUCCACACAUUGGUGCAUGGAAUAAUCACGAAACCAAAUACCAAAUCGUCGCCAACGAGAGAGUACUCAUCGAUAUACAUCCAUCUUCUAUCAAUCACCCUUUGCAGCGACCUAACUUGAAAGUUGAAGGUAUUGCAUCGCCAUCGAAAAACAAUGCCCGUUUGUUAUCCUUUGAUAAGCUUAUUCUCUUAAGCAAUAAGAACCUUGUUAUGCAACGUACAACUGCUGUAACACCUUUUAUGUUAUCUUUGUUUGGCGGGACGCUGAAUCGAAGUGCAGAUAAUGCAGGCCAAGUCGAAGUAGAUGAGUGGCUUCCAUUCGAUGUGCGGAGCACAGACAAAUUGAGAGGCGCAGAGGGCGUUGCGGGACAGACCCUCGUACGUUUCAACAAGGCAUUGCGACAGCUAGAAAACAUUUCUUUUAAUGAUUUGGCCAACGGUGAAUACGUCGUAGACAAUGAAUUAUCUCAUGAUUUCGCAAAAGCUUUGAAGAAUAUAUUAAUCACGGAACAGGACAUUGAUAGACUUGCGGAAGAGAACGAACUCGACCUUGCCAUGGACCUACGCAAGUUUUGGAAUCGAUCCGAAUCGCCACUUGAUAAGAUACCGCCAAAGGAAUCCAAGGAGAUUGUACCAAAGUUUUCACUCCUUGAAGAAACACAACAUGAUGAAGAUUCUUACGGGUCUUUUUUGGAAUUGGUAGAAAGUGCCUUGGAAGGUCCCAGCAUUACUAAACUUUACUCAGAAGCAGCAUCUUCCUCCUCACAAGCCGAGUCACAGCCUGUCAUGGAAGACACGGUCACCAAAGAAAGUGAUGGUGUUGAAUCAAAAAAUCCUGGAAAUUCUAUUCCUUCGAGGUUCAAGCCUCUACCUAAACUUCCGAACAAACAUCGAAAUACUGGAAAUGCGUCUCCGGAAAACCAUCUCGAUAACUCGAAACCCCCUCCUGGGAAGAAACCUAAAAGUAAAAAAAUCAAUCACCUAUUACACAACAUAUUUAAAGGAUUAUAA